GAGAUUCAAGCAUUCUCGGUGCGCUACAAGAGCAUCCAGUUCCGCGGCCUCCGCUUGGGGCCUGGCGAGGAUCUUUAUGCCACGGUCGGCCGGCUGUUCGGCCUGGGUCCCUCGCAACGCCGACUGCGGCUGAUCUGCGCCGGUGCAGUCGUGCCCAGUGGCACCAUGCUAUCCGAGCUGCCCGGGCGGCCACCCCUCUUGAUGGUGGUUUUCCCCAAGGAGGACGUCGAUCGUGGCUUGUUCGAGCGCAUGGGCCAGUGGUUUUCGUCGUGGUGGGAUGAUUAG